UGAAAAGAUGGAAGGAAAAAAUAAAGAAAAACGAGAAAGACGUGCGCGCGGAAGUUUCUUCGAAAUUUCCUUGAUGCGACUGUUGUUGGCACGUCCAACCUCGCACAGAGUUGACCAAAGUUUCAUUAUUCUGAAGUUCGUCGUUCUUCCUAAGUAUGGCCCGAAACAGCCUUAAUAGAUUUCUGUGCUGAGGGUUGUGUCAUCUCUCUUGCGGAAGUAUUUCCACAUACUGGAGUUGUUGAGGUGAUUUCAAUGGCCUCGAGUGGCUCCAACUCUUUCAUCAAUAGCCUGCUGCCGCCACUCUCCACCGCCUCGGUACACCAAGAUCACCACCACCAUGACGAGGAGGCGGGCCCUCGCUCCAGCAAGACCUUUGACGAUGAUGAGAUUGAGAUCCCACCGUAUGAUCCCUUCAACAUUGUCCACACCAAGAAUGCGCCCCUCGAGACGCUCAAGCGAUGGAGGAAAGCAACUCUGGUACUAAAUGCUUCCCGUAGAUUUCGGUACACUUUGGACUUAGUAAAGGAAGAAGAUAAAGAGCAAAGAAGAAAGAUGAUUAGAGCCCAUGCACAAGUCAUAAGAGCAGCACUACUUUUCAGACUUGCUGGAGAAAGGGAAAUUGGUCCCACAGCAACACCCUCAACUCCAUCUGGUGAUUAUGCAAUUGGUCUUGAAGAACUUGCUUCUAUGACCAGGGAUCAUAAUAUUUCUGCUUUACAACAUUUUGGGGGGGUUAAAGGCUUAUCAGAAUUACUGAAAACAAAUCUAGACAAAGGGAUUAAUGGGGAUGAAACUGAGUUGUUAAAACGGAGGAGCUCAUUUGGAUCAAAUACAUAUCCUCGGAAGAAAGGGCACAGUUUCCUGAGGUUCCUUUGGGAAGCCUGGCAAGAUUUAACCCUUAUCAUCUUGAUCAUAGCUGCAGUGGUUUCAUUGGCUCUUGGAAUAAAAACAGAGGGUCUGAAAGAAGGAUGGUAUGAUGGGGCAAGCAUUGCCUUUGCUGUUUUUCUUGUGAUAAUAGUCACAGCUGUCAGUGAUUAUCGACAAUCUCUUCAGUUUCAGAAUUUAAAUCAGGAAAAGCAAAAUAUACAAUUGGAGGUCAAGAGAGGUGGUAGAACAGUAAAGAUUUCGAUAUUUGAUAUUGUUGUUGGUGAUGUUGUACCUAUGAAAAUAGGCGAUCAGGUUCCUGCUGAUGGCAUCUUAAUUGCUGGUCAUUCUCUGUCCAUGGAUGAAUCAAGCAUGACUGGAGAAAGCAAGAUUGUUACCAAAGAUCAAAAGGCCCCUUUUUUGAUGUCUGGCUGCAAAGUAGCAGAUGGUGUUGGUACCAUGCUGGUGACUGGUGUUGGCAUCAAUACAGAAUGGGGAUUGUUGAUGGCGAGCAUCUCAGAGGAUACUGGUGAAGAGACCCCCUUACAGGUACGCUUGAAUGGAGUCGCAACUUUUAUUGGCAUAGUUGGGCUUUCAGUCGCUGUUUUUGUGCUUGCUGUCCUCUUGGCUAGAUACUUCACUGGAUAUACAAAAAAUCCAAAUGGAAGUGUCCAAUUUGUCCGUGGCAAGACUAGCAUUAGUGAUGCAGUAGACGAAGUUAUUAAAAUAUUUACCAUUGCAGUUACCAUUGUCGUUGUUGCAGUGCCUGAAGGGCUUCCUUUGGCUGUCACAUUGACCCUAGCAUACUCAAUGCGGAAAAUGAUGAAAGAUAAAGCUUUGGUUCGUAGGCUUUCAGCGUGUGAAACUAUGGGCUCUGCAACUACAAUUUGCAGUGAUAAGACGGGAACGUUAACCCUGAAUCAGAUGACUAUUGUCGAGGCAUAUGCUGGGAGAAAGAAGAUAAAAUCACCAGGUGACUCUUCGCAGUUGCAUCCAUUGUUAUCCUCUUUACUUUUUGAGGGAAUUGCACAGAAUACCUCAGGCAAUGUUUUUAUAUCCAAGGAUGGACAAAUAGAGGUUUCUGGAUCUCCUACAGAAAAGGCUGUUCUUUCUUGGGCAAUCAUGCUGGGAAUGCAAUUUGAUGUUGUGAGAUCAGAGUCAGUUGUUCUCCAUGUCUUCCCUUUCAAUUCAGAGAAAAAGCGUGGUGGUGUUGCUGUAAAACGGAAUGAGUCUGAAGUUCAUAUACACUGGAAGGGAGCAGCUGAGAUUGUUCUAGCCUCAUGUAAAGAGUAUCUUGACUCAAAUGGUUGUCUGCAAUCUAUUGAAGAAGAUAAGGACUUCUUUAAUGCAGCUAUUGACAACAUGGCUGCAAGCAGUUUGCGAUGUGUUGCCAUUGCAUAUAGAUCAUAUGAAUUGGACAAAGUUCCUACUGAUGAGGAGUGUUUAGCUAAAUGGGUUUUACCCGAACAUGGUCUUGUUUUGCUCGCUAUUGUUGGUAUAAAGGAUCCCUGUCGCCCUGGUGUGAAAGACGCAGUCAAAGUGUGUACAGAUGCUGGUAUAAAGGUGAGAAUGGUCACAGGAGACAAUCUUCAUACCGCAAAAGCAAUCGCUUUGGAGUGUGGGAUACUUGCUUCAAGUGAGGAAGCUACAGAGCCUAACAUUAUUGAGGGAAGAAAAUUCCGUGAAUUAUCUGAGAAAGAGAGGGAAGAACUUGCCAAGAAAAUUGCGGUGAUGGGUAGGUCUUCUCCUAAUGACAAGCUCUUGCUUGUGCAAGCACUCCGUAAGGGGGGAGAAGUUGUUGCUGUAACAGGAGAUGGCACCAAUGAUGCUCCUGCACUUCAUGAGGCAGAUAUUGGUCUUUCUAUGGGCAUUCAAGGAACUGAAGUAGCAAAGGAAAGUUCGGAUAUUAUUAUCCUGGAUGAUAAUUUUGCUUCUGUUGUAAAGGUUGUCCGCUGGGGACGUUCUGUGUACGCAAAUAUUCAGAAAUUUAUUCAAUUCCAGCUCACAGUUAACGUCGCAGCCCUUGCGAUUAAUGUUGUGGCAGCAGUAUCCUCUGGUGAUGUUCCUUUAAAUGCAGUGCAGCUUCUAUGGGUUAAUCUAAUAAUGGAUACUCUUGGAGCACUUGCUUUGGCUACAGAACUACCGACCGACCACCUUAUGCAUAGAUCACCAGUUGGCCGAAGGGAACCUCUUAUAACUAAUGUCAUGUGGAGGAACCUACUCAUUCAGGCCUCGUAUCAAGUUAGUGUUCUCCUUGUUCUCAACUUCUGGGGCACGAGUAUUCUUCAUCUUGACAAUGUAGAAAAUCCAACUCGAGUGAAGAACACUAUGAUAUUCAAUGCAUUUGUCCUUUGCCAAAUAUUCAAUGAGUUCAAUGCUCGGAAACCAGAUGAAAUAAACGUCUUCAGUGGAGUCACCAGAAGCCACCUCUUCAUGGGUAUAGUUGGAAUGACUUUAGUACUUCAGAUAAUUAUCAUUGAAUUCCUUGGAAAAUUUACAUCAACAGUAAAACUCAAUGGGAAGCAAUGGCUUAUAACCAUUGGUAUUGGUCUUGUCAGCUGGCCUCUGGCUAUGGUUGGGAAGCUCAUCCCAGUCCCCAGAACUUCUUUCGCCAAGUACUUCCGCUUGCCAAUCCAGCGAUGCAGAAACGGUCGUAAUGCUUGAAUUACAACAAAUUAUGGCGAGAUGUUAAAAAGCACUUGAACAGUAAGAAAUAAUGAUGUACUUGUUUACAUCUGGAAUAUGUCAAUUGUUACUACUGACCACCCAGCCUGUGUCCUCUUUUUCUAAAGAAAUUGCGUAUGCAAUAAACAAUCCAUGUGACAAUAGUACCUUUUGUUGGGUAUGAAAAAUGUACGUGAGUAUAGUUUCUUCA